UCAAAAUCAGACAGAAAAUGGUAAACAAUAACAUAUAUACAUAUAACAACUAUAUUCAUAAGCAACCCGCAAAAAUGAUUUAAAAAGUGAAUAAAAUACAUGCCUAAAAUGUAAAGAAAUCCAACUAUUUUAAAACAUAGCAAUAUUUUCUACCAAAAAAAUUGUUUCACAGAUUAAGGACAUGAAAUUUAAAAAUGAAAGACUUUUUAUUGGCAGAAUUUAAUUUACAUCUUUGAUAUCAAUCAAAACAGGGAUCAAGACUGGUGAUAACUCUAUAUUAUACAUGUCUCCAGAGACAUUGCUGAAAACAGAAUUAUGGGGAGACUUCAUACUGAGCUCUGAAGUGUAUAGAGAAAGGGUGUGCUUAAUUGCCAUUGAUGAAGCACAUGUAUUAGAAUCAUGGGGUGAUACAUUUAGACCUACGUUCGCACGACUCGGUGAGCUGCGCUCACACUUUCCAGACGUUCCAUACCUGCUAUUAACAGGAACAUGUACACCCCAGGUUUUACAGCAUAUGACGGCCAAGAUUCACCUUCCUCGGCUUAAAUUAUUUACUGCGUCUCCAGACAGGCCAGAAAUUUAUCUUGAAUAUAAGAGAUCUAAGGAUAUUUUUGGAGAGGUGGGUUGGCUUUUCAACGAAAUUAAAACUAAAGGCAUCAGGACAAGGAAGACGCUGAUAUAUGUCAGGAGCUUGAGUCGUGGAGGAAACCUUUACAGGGAUAUUCUAGGGUACCUUAGACAGCAUGCCUACUUGGAGGAACAAAGGGGUUUCCACAACAGCCAUAUUGCUCUAUACCAUGCAGGAAUGACAGACAAGGAUCUGGACUACAUACUCAAGGAGUUUACAAAACCCGAAAGUGUUAUUAGACUAGUCAUAUGCACCAUAGCUUUUGGUUUAGGGAUCAAUAUCCCAGACAUUGAAGUCGUCAUUCACUGGGGAGCCUGUGACUCAAUCAUGGACUAUUGGCAGGAGGUCGGAAGAGCGGGGCGUGAUGGAAGGAAAGCAAAGGCCCUCUAUUAUGUGACCCCCGGGUCACUGCUACAAGCAUCUGACAAUAUGAAGGAACUGUGUAAAAUGAUGGACAAGUCUCAAGUAAAAUGCUUCAGGGAAUCUGUCUUAAAACAUUUUAUAGGUCAUUCCUCUGCACCACUAGCUCCUGAAUGUCACUCGCAAUGUGCAGAGUGUGAGUGUCUAAGGUGUAGAUGCUGUAACCUCUGCUCUGCCACAUGUCCAUGCCACACCCAGUAAUGAUCCAGAUCUGCAGCUAUAAUCCACUGUAACAUUUUCCGGAGAGGUGCCAUCAGUUGCUGCAGCCUUUGGGAUGAAGUCCUUCACAACUUCUGAGUAGAAUAUCUCUUCUAUGGCUUUACCUACACUUCCAACAAUCUUGCUGCACCUGGAUACUUGAGCAUCUGUG